CCACAAGCACGCCGACACGACAAUGUCUACCACGGCCAGCACUCUCCCCCCCGCGCAGAAGAAGCCCAUCAACAACAUGGAAUCCCUAGAUGACGCCAACAACUCCCCUUUCUCCAAGCCUGCCAGUAAGCCGUCGACGGCCUCAAGCAUUGCAGUCUCCGAUGCGCCACAGGGAUACGAGCUUGAGCCAUGGCCCACGUCCGCUGUCGAAGACCCCAACCAAUACCGCCGCGGCGGCCAUCACCCGAUCCUUCUCGGCGACCACCUCGGUCCUUCCACGAACCCCUCCCGCUUCCGCGUCUUUCACAAGCUCGGCUACGGCGGCUUCGGUACUGUCUGGCUGUGUCAGGAUAUGGACGAGAUGCGCAACAACAAGAGGUGGAAGUGGCGCGUCGUCAAAGUUAUGUCGGCAAAGGCUUCGAACUUGAAGGGAGGCAACGCAGAUCUGAAGGUCAUGGAGAUGUUCGAGGGCGUUGAUAGGGAGUUGCUGAAGAUGAAAGGAGUGUCGAUCCCGAUGGAGAGUUUCUGGGUCGAGGGACCUAAUGGAAGACAUUUGUGCCUUAUGAUGGAAUGGCUGGGCCCGGAGACGACGGGGCUGGCCAGGUGCAUUGGACAAUGCGACGGGAUGAUGAAGGACAUCUGCUUCCAGUUGUUGGAGGCGAUGGAGUUCAUUCAUUCCAAGGGCCUCUGCCAUGGGGAUUUCCGGCCGCAGAACAUCCUGCUGAGGUUGAAAGAUGGUGUUGAUGAGUGGUCGGAGGAGCAACUGUUGGCGGUUCUCGGCGAGCCUGAGCGUGCUGCGGUGGUCGUGUGGGACGACGCACAGGAGCCGCAGCCUGUCACAGGCAACCCGAGCGUGCCUGAGUACCUGGUAGGCUGCGGCGACAUUGCAUACGGCUCUGGCUUGGUGUCGACAAAGAUCGCCGUUGUCGACUACGGCGUCGCGUAUCCUUUUUCCGACCAUCCAGUCAGGUGCACCUCCGGAGUCGCGGGCCCGUAUGCAUCCCCCGAAGAUCUCACCCUCCAACAGGAGCUGAUCGGAGUCAAGGCGGACAUCUGGUCGCUGGCCACCGCCAUGUUCGAGAUUCGCUUCGGCUUUCCGCCCUUCGGCACCAACAACCACGCCCCUAGCUCCAUUCCCAGCAUGGAGGAGUCCAUGGGCCCUGUGCCUCCUCCUUUCCGAGCUACAGUUCGAGAGUGGUACAAGCUUCCCGCCGAAACAGAAGAGGAGCUACAGGACAAGAGCAACUCAGAGCUGUCGUAUGUUACUACCAAACCCGAGGAGCUGGAAAAGAACCGCAAGUAUCACUUGGAGGAGCGAGGCGCCAAAGACCCCAUGAUCUUCCGCAUCUUGUAUCCCCGCAGCACGAACAUUAGCCCCGCGCAGGCAGAGGACAUCGCCAAUCAGGCCAAGAGCAACCCGGCGCAACUGCCAUUGUGGACGCCAAUCCCACGAAACCCCGACAGACUCGCCUACUACACCCGAAAGGAUUAUCUCAAGCUCGUUCCUCCCAAGGAAGAGGUCGAAGUGUUCUGGGAUCUCGUCAUGUCCGUCUUCAAGUGGCAACCAGAGGACAGAGCGACGAUUGAGCAGAUCAUGGAGCACCCCUGGUUCGAGGGCCGCAAGAAGCGCAGAGAUGCUGUCGCCAGACCCAACCUCACCACGUCCGAAUCCGGCAUUGUCUGUUCCAUUUCUACCAAGUUGGGACAAGCCAAGGCGAACAUCAGCAACUGGUUCAACAUUCUUUUCUGGGACAAACAAAAGAACAAAACAAAGGGUUCGAACACUCUCUCGCGCUAUCUCUGGAAACCCACUUGCAAGACCUUCGGCAAGAUCUCUGGGGUUCCCAUUGCCAUCUUUUGGCUUCUCAUGAUUAUUCCGGCGGCGUGGCUCAUCAAGAGAAGGAUCGAUCGGGGUCGCAAUGUCUUCUCUCCCAGCAGCGUCAGAGGCCUUCGGCAUUGA